AUGGUCGACGAUGUUGACAAAUCAAGCUUAUCAGUUGAAAUUGCUGUGGAUGGGAAGAGCCCUCUUGUACGCUUGUAUCUGAGCAAGGAAGCCUUUCGGCUGGACAUUCACCACGCGCUCUUCGACGAAUGGUCUUUGGAUCUCAUUCUGGAGCAGGUUGACAAGGCGUAUGCUGGACAAUCUCUGCCUUACCGACCCUUUUCACCAUUUGUUCAAAACCUCCUUACUCAAGAGCAAAAUGUCGCCGCUGAUGAGUUUUGGAGAGCAAGUUUCGCCGGCCUACGAACUGAACAUUUUCCUCCCGGCAGCAGCAUUACGCCCUCCACCGUCGAGAAAGUCAUUCUCGAACACACCCUCUCUCUCGACCCUACCUUGACGAGUGCCCACUCUAAAUACACACUCUCCACGACUCUCCGUUUAGAGUGGGGUAUCAUACUCUCAAACCAGACUGAUUCUCCGGAUGUGGUCUUCGGUGCAACAGUCACGGGUCGAAAUGCGGACAACCUGGAACUCACAGGACCCACCCUUGCUACGUUGCCUGUUCGUGUCAAGGUUCCAGGAGACCAAGCCAUCCACACGGCGCUGGAGGAAGCGCAAAAAGGCUUUGCCGAUAUGAUGGCACAUCAACAAACGGGCCUGUUGCGGAUUCGAGCAGUGAGUGGCGAGGCGGCUGACGCGUGUGGAUUUCAAAACCUCCUCGUCGUCCAGCAACAGACGGCAAAGAUGGACAAUCAACAAUCCUCACCCAGCAGUAUUUUCGAAUCUUCGGCAAGCAUAGGGGGCUCAAAGUCGCCUGACAACGCGAAGGCAUUCGCAAGUUAUCCGCUUGUCCUCACUUGCCGCCCCUCUCAGCACUCCAUCGCCUUCACCGCCGCCGUGGAUCCUACCCUGUUGGAUACGGACACCACGCGCGGCAUACUGAGGCAGAUGGCGCAUGUUGUGCAACAAAUUCUGUCCUCGACUUCCUCCUGUUCCUCCCCCGAGGCACAUGACUUGCGGAUCAAAGACAUCGACCUCAUGCCACGACAGGAUGUGGAAAGGUUGCGCAAAUGGAAUAGCAUUCUACCAGCGGGGGUCGAGACGCCCAUCCACAACACCAUCCGCAAGAAAGCCGGUUCGCAGCCGGAGAAGGUUGCGGUCCAUUCUCAUGGUUUAAAUUUGAGCUAUGAACAAGUAGAGCGCUACUCGAACUUGUUCUCGCAGCAUUUGUACGCCGCGGGUGUGGACAAGGGGGACUUUGUGCCGUUGUUAAUGGAACGCUCUCCAUGGGCGCCAGUCCUGAUGCUGGCCGCCCUCAAACUCGGCGCAGCCUUUGCCCUGCUUGAUCUCUCACACCCUGUCCAGAGACUCCGCACGAUGUGCACCGUGCUAUCGGCCAAAAGAGUAGUGUGUUUCCCUCAUCAUCAAACAAUGGUGGAGAACGAUCUGUUGCUGCCGGAGAUUAUCUUCGAUCCGGAGGUCAUCACAGAUGUUUCUCAAAGCACCCAAGAUGCUCCCGCUAGACUGGCAGAGAUAGAAAUGGAUGCCCCGGCCUGCAUUGUCUUCUCGUCUGGCUCAACUGGUCUCCCAAAGGCCAUCCAGCUCACGCACCGCGCGCUGUCCACUUCGGCGUAUCACCUCUCCACCACCGGCCAUCUCUCUCAAUGCUCUCGUGUCUUCAACUUUUCCUCGUUUGCAUUCGACCUCUCCAUCGGCGAACUGUUGUUCUCACUCAGCGCGGGCGCGACGGUCUGUGUGCCGACCGAGGAAGAGAGACGAGCGAACCCGUCCAAAGCCGCUGGAGAUUUGGGCGUAACGUGGGCUUUGCUGACGCCCUCCGUGAUCGGCCUGCUUGACCCUGAAGAGGUGCCUACGCUGCAAGUUCUGGCGUCGGCGGGGGAGCAACUUACGUCGCAGAUUGUGGAGAGAUGGGCAGGGACGGUGAGGUUGUUCAACAUGUAUGCGCCGGCCGAAUGUACCGUCAUCUCGCACAUUUCGCGCAUUUUACCAGAAGCAGAUACACCGCCGGCGUGUAUCGGUCGCAGUCCCGGCGCCGUAUCGUGGGUGGCGAGCCAGAACGAUCACCACAAGCUUGUGCCGAUUGGGACCAUUGGCGAACUGCUCGUCGAAGGCCCCGUCGUGUCGUCAGGAUACCUCGGAGACGCCAGGAAAACGGAUGCUGUGUUUCUUUCUCCUUCGAAUCCACCCUCAUGGCUGACCCAGAUCCGCGGCAAAGCUCAGGGCGGCAAGAUUGGCCGGGUGUACAAGACGGGGGAUCUGGUGAGGCAAAGAGAAGAUGGCACUUUGUUGUUCGUCGGACGCAAGGAUGAUCAAAUCAAGCUACACGGGCAGAGGCUAGAGGUUGAGGAGGUGGAACUCAGCAUCACCUCGCUGUGCUCGAGUGUCCACAAGGUGGCGGUGGAUUGUGUCAAGAUCGCGGAGAAAGGAGGAGGACAGAGAGCGUUUUUGGUCGCUUUUGUCGCGCCGCAUGAGUUUGAAGAUUGGGGAGAAGUCGGAAAGGAGGGUGGACUGGAAGUGAUCCAGGACCUCAACGACAACUUCUACAACACCAUCGAGAGCCUAUACACCUCUUUCCAGGACACCCUACCCUCAUACAUGCUCCCCUCGUAUUUCCUUCCCUUUUGGAAUAUUCCCCUCAGCUUGUCCGGAAAAGUGAACCGCAAACUGUUACGGGAAGAAUCGACAAAUCUCCUCAGCAGCCAGGACCACAGGGAGAAGUACCAACUUCGCACGCGCACAGCACGCGAGCAAGCAGCAGACGGAGAGCAGGUUCCUCUCACGGAACAUGAGACCCAAAUCCUCCAAAUAAUCGCCCAGGUGUUGCAUUUGGAUGCGCAACAAGUGCCCAUCAAGGGCAACUUCUUUGGCACAGGCGGUGAUUCUAUCUCGGCCAUGCGUGUGGCUGCGCUCGCUCGACGCAACGGACUUCGCCUGGGCGUCGUCGAGAUCUUCAAGCAUCAGAUCCUAUCACAAAUCGCGGCUUCUUGCUGUCCAGAGUCAGACACAGACAGCACCACUCCAGACUUUUCGGAAAGCUCGUCGACCACAGACGCCACGUCUCAAGAUUCUUCUGAAAGCUUGUCGACCACCGACAGCAACAGUGAAAAGGCCCUGGGAUGUGAACUACCACCUGGUCUACCACAUGAAGUGGCGCAGCAAGUGGAACUAGCUCUCCCCGCGACAGAUUUCCAGACAAUGACGCUGUACAACUUUUACUCGCGCUAUCUGUGGAUUUCGCUUCCGGACAACCCCGAUAUUGAAAGGUUGCAGCAGGCGUGCCAGCUGUUGACGGAGAAGCAUUCGAUUCUGCGGACCGUGUUUUACACCACAACCACCACCACCGCCACUGGCUCCAUCGUCCAGCUCGUCCUCCGCAGUUUCUCGAUGGACCUGAAACAUCACAAAGACAUCGAGUCAUUGGACCAGCACUUCACCAGCGAUUCGUUGUCCCACGGGCCCCCGGUCAACGGAGCCGAAGGAUUCCAAGUGCAACUGCUCACACUACGUGACAGGCAGAAGAAAUACCUGGCACUGAGACUCCCGCACGCCCAAUUUGACGGGUUAUCUCUCAAUGUCCUCGUCGACGACAUGUCGGCCGCCUAUGAUGAUAACACUAGCCAUUCUCUAGCUCCCUGCACACAAUUCUCGGACCAGGUCAAGUGCGUGACAGAAACAAAAACGACACAUGAAGCGUACCAAGUUUGGAAAGAUGUCCUUGACGAUGCGGAGAUGACGAGAUUGGAUGGCCAAAUUUUGCGCCGCGGAGAUGGCGUGGCGAGAACAGAGGAGGGUGGGGAGAGCGUUAAGGAAGAGUUGAGCGUCGUGACAGCCAUGACCGAGACAGCGCCGUUGGUGGCGCCAGCGGGUAUCACGAUGGCUACGUUGGCGAAGCUGGCCUGGGCUCUCACACUAUCAAGGCUCUUCUUGGCAAAACAACUCAACGAAAAGGGGCCGGAAUGCGGAAGGAGUGUGGUCUUCGGUCAAGUCAUCCACGGCCGCUCACUGUCCCUCCCUUAUGAAGACAGGAUCGUGGGGCCGUGUCUGAAUAUCAUCCCCGUCCGGGUUCUUCUACCAUCCACCACGCCCAAUCUGGAGGACCCAGUCAGCACGCGGAUGCUUUUGGAGCAGAUCCAAUCGCAGCACAUGGCCACGCUCCCGGUAGAGAGUCAACAGGACGCGGAUCAUGUUGUGGGAUGCUUCAGAGAGGUUCUAGAGAGUCUCGCAGGAGGCGAAAAGGUCAUGUGA